AUGGCCAUCUUGAUAAAGCCAAAACUUUUCGAGGUAAAUUUUAAGAGUCUUUCUUCUUUGUUUAUGUUAAUAGUGUGUCUUGUACAAAUGUCCAUGAGACCUGGCGAGCCCCCAUUAAUAAAAGGCUGGCUUCCUUAUUUCGGACAGAUCUGGAACUUCCAAAAAGCUCCCUUGGCUUUUAUAAAAACUCUUCAAAAGAAACAUGGUGAUAGUUUCACUGUUCUCUUUGGGGGGAAGUACGUAACAUUUAUCCUGGACCCUUUCCAGUUCCAGUUAGUGACCAAAAAUCCCAAACAAUUAAGCUUCAAAACAUACAAAGAUAAAUUAUCACGCCAUAUAUUUUCCAUCAAAAUGCUGUCAGGCAAUCAAAAGCUGUCCCAUGACCUUCAACUCUGCUAUCAGCAUUUGCAAGGCAAAUCUUUGGAUGUACUUAUUGAAACCAUGGCACAGGAUAUAACUCACGUUUUUGAAUCUAAAUUAUUAAAAGCCAGAAAUUGGGACACAGUACAUUUGUUGACAUUCUGCACCUCAGUAAUGUUUGAGAUCUCAUUUACAACUCUGCAUGGAAAACUCCUUGUUGCCGAUAGGGAAAAACUUUUUAGUGAGCUAAGAGAUAAUUAUAUUAAAUUUGAUGAAAAAUUCAUAUAUUUAGCAUCAGGCAUACCCAUUGAGCUCCUAGGAGAUACCAAGUCUACGCGGAAGAAAAUGAUAAACAACUUUACAAAAGAAAACUUAGCUAAGAUGCAAAGACAGUCAAAAUUUUUUCAAAUGAGGCAAGAUAUCCUGGAGCAGUACUAUGAGCCUGAUGACCUAGAAAUAGGAGCACAUCAUUUAGGCGUUUUCUGGGCCUCUUUGGCAAACUCUAUUCCAGCCCUGUUCUGGGCAAUGUAUUAUCUUCUGUGGCACCCAGAAGCUAUGGCAGCAGUGCGUGACGAAAUUGACCGUUUGCUGCAGUCAACAGGUCAAAAGAAAGAGUCUGGAUUUUUCAUCAACUUCACCAGAGAACAAUUGGACAGCCUGGUCUACCUAGAAAGCGUCGUUCUUGAGACUCUACGACUGUGUGCAUUUUCAAGUAUCAUUCGUUCUGUUGAAGAGGAUUUCGCUCUACCUGUGGAAUAUGGGCAGUGUCUUUUGCGAAAGGGAGACUUGGUAGCCAUCUUUCCUCCAGCCUUACACAAUGACCCAGAAAUCUUUGAAGAUCCACAGGAGUUUAGAUAUGAUCGUUUUGUAGAAGAUGGUAAGAAGAAAACCACCUUUUUCAAAAGAGGAAAAAAGCUGAGUCAUUACAUAAUUCCAUUUGGAUCUGGAACCUCCAAAUGUCCGGGCCGAUAUUUCGCAGUUUAUGAAAUUAAGCACUUGUUGUUUGCACUUGUAACUUACUUUGAUUUAGAAAUAAUUGAUGAUAAACCUGUAGAACAAAGCCACAGUCGCGUAUUGUUUGGUACUCACCCUCCAAAAUCAGAUGUUUUAUUUAGAUAUAAGGUAAAAUCUUAA